AUGUUGCGUUCGAUACGAGAGCUCUGGGGUCACGUCAAAGCAGUGUGCCGAUCCCUGUAUGGCUUUUUCAGAAGCAUGACAUCAAUGUGUGUCGAUGGUGUAAAGCACCUGUUAACCUGUUCUCCUCAGAACCGCCAGCCAAUGAUGAACCAGAUGAGUGGAGUGUCCAAUAUGAACCCAACUUUACAGUCCAACAACCCCAACCAGGGGACAAUCAAUGCACAGAUGUUGGCACAACGGCAGAGAGAACUCCUCAACAACCACCUGCGCCAACGCCAGCUGGAGCAUCAGAGACAGCAGCAGCAGCAGAGGAACAUGGUGAUGAGAACCCAGGGACUCAACCUACCUCCCAAUAUGGCCGCCGCCGCCGCGGCGGCUGCUGCAAGUGGCCUAUCAGGAGGCCUGAGUAACCCUCGGAUCCCACAGACCACCAAUCCCCAGCAGUUCCCCUACCCACCCAGCUACGGUACCAGUACAGGCCCAGGCCUGGCCACACCCCCUCCUCCUCACCCCUCUACCAGCCCUUUCUCCCCCAUCUCGCCCAGCCUGCCCUCCUCUCUCCCCCCCCACCAAGCCCUGCAUGGCUCUCCUUCCUCCCAGGUGAUGAUGAUGGGGGGAUCAGGACAGUUUGGGGACGUAGUCAGCCCUCAUGUACAGCAGCUCAGUGCCUUUCAGUUCCCAAACUCAGGUAUGUCCCAGCAGCCUCACGGAGGGUUUGGGGGUCAGGCCACGCCCCAGAGUCCCCUGUUGUCCCCCAGGAUGGCCCACGCCCAAUCCCCCAUGAUGCAGCAGCAGGGCAACGCCAAUUUCCAGGCGUCGCCUGACCUAAACGGUUGGCCGCCCCAGGGGAACAUGGCAGGAAACAGUAUGUUCAGUACUCAGCAGUCUCCGCCCCAGUUCACCCAGCUGCAGCAGACCAAUGGGGGCGCGGCCAUGUACAACGGCAACGGAAUGAACCUCAACGUCUCCAUGGCUACCAACGCCAGCGGCAUGGCCCCCGUGGGUCAGAUGACCGGACAGAUGAUCACCUCGCCUGGAAUGACCUCAAUGGGACAGGAACAGGUAAGGUACACAGACAAAGUCAUUCAUAGGCAGUUAUAACCGUUCAUAAGCGUACAUAGGGACAGGUGAGCCUCACCUCGCCUUGGGAUGACCUCAAUGGGACAGGAACAGGUAAGGUACACAGACAAAGUCAUUCAUAGACAGUUAUAACCGUUCAUAAGCGUACAUAGGGACAGGUGAGCCUCACCUCGCCUUGGGAUGACCUCAAUGGGACAGGAACAGGUAAGGUACACAGACAAAGUCAUUCAUAGACAGUUAUAACCGUUCAUAAGCGUACAUA